CAUAUUUUUGGGUGGGUAUUCAAUACAAGACAGUAAAACAAAUGGACAGCGAACUAUAUGUAGCUCUCAUUGAUGAUGACAUUGAUGUCCUAAAGAGGAAGGACUGGCGUGAAGUCGGUGGUCACCUCACACCUGCAAAUAAUUCGGUGCUUCAUGUUGCAUGCCAACACGGGAGUAGGAAAUGCGUGCAAGAGAUACUAGGGCGUGCUGAUGAAUCACUACUAUUAAAGAUCAACUCGAGAGGUGAGACAGCUCUUCAUCAAGCAGCAAGACAGGGGCACUUUGACGCGGUUGAAGCACUUAUUACUAAGGCCAAGUCUUCGGACCGGCAACCUGUUGAUCUUGAAAACACAACUACGGUUCUGCAAAAUCUGAUUAGAACAUCGAAUCUGGAAUUUGAAACUGCCUUGCAUGCGGCAGUUCGAUACAAUCACCAGAAAGUAGUUGGACUGUUAGUAAAAGAAGAUCCAGGUUUCUCGUAUCCUCGGAACAGGUUUGAUGAGACUCCACUUUACCUGGCUGCAGUUAGGGGUUAUUAUGGUGUCAUAGAAGUAGUUCUUGAUAAUUGUGAAUCGCCAACGUUCGGCGGUCCUUGUGGACGAACUGCCUUGCAUGCUGCAACCGUGAGUAAAAGAGGACAUGAAUGCAUGAGACUUCUACUGGAAAGCAACAGCCACCUUAUCUGUGUAGCAGAUAAUGAUGGAUGGACGCCAUUUCAUUUUGCCGCAGAUAACAAUCAGUACUAUUCAAUUGGAUUUUUAUUGGGAGUCAACAGCAAUGUGGCUUACCUACCAGAUAACAAAUAUAAGAAGACAGCCCUUCAUGUUGCAGCAUAUAAGGGAUAUCAUAAGGUGGUAGAGAAACUUCUGGAAUAUUUGCCUGAUAUGUGGGAGAGUGUAGAUGGAAAUGGUCAAAAUAUAUUGCACAUUGCCGUGCAACAAUACAAGAAGCCCCUGCUCAAAUUCAUAUUAUCGAAAACUCGAAAAUUUGAUACUUUGAAUACUCUUAUUAUACAAAGAGACCAGGAAGGGAAUACGCCUUUUCACUUAGUUGCCAAGCUUGGAUAUAAUGUUCCCGAAAUGCGGGAGUGGCUACAGAAGACUGAUCAAUAUAUAGUAGACAACACAAAUUUGACUCCAUCAGAAGUGGUUUACCAGAAUUUUUCUCGGGCUAUAAUGGAUGCGGAGGUGGUUGGAGUACAUCCAAGUAGAGAAGAGAUUUAUAAGUUUUGGAACGCUUGGACUCAAGGUACAGUGCAAACAGUAUAUAAGUAUGAUCCGGUACCUGCCAAAGAAAGAAUCACGAUGCACCAACAGAUGGCGAACAGCCAUAUGAUAGUGGCUGCACUAGUGACCACAGUAGCCUUGACAGCAGGAUUCACUGUGCCCGGUGGUUUUGACAGCAGCCAAGGCUCCCCGCUGCUUCUAAGAAAGCCGGCCUUCAAGAUAUUUAUGAUAGCAGAUACAGUGGCCCUCCUAUUUUCAAUUUCCGCACUGUUUCUUUACUUCACAACAUCACUCAGAUACAAGCGGCCGAGUGUCACUUUUUUGUUGCUCACGAGCGCUGUAGUGCUCAACGUUAUAUCGAUUGCAGCAAUGAUGGUGGCUUUUAUUGCAGGAACUUUUGCCGUGCUGUAUCACUCAUUAGCUCUGGCCAUUAUUGUUUGCACGAUCUCUUCUUUAUUCCUUCUUCUCGUCUUUUCUUUUAGCGUCCCUUUUUUCAGAAAGUACAUGCCUGUGAUACUCCUAUUUUACGCUUACCUUGGUGAGAUGUAUAGUUGGUUUAAAUACACACAUGCCGCCAUUUUGCGGAAAAUUUUGAGACGAAUUAGGACAAGGCGUCGUGACUUUUCUAGCUUCACAGAUGUGGAAGUUAUAGAUGCUGCUGGUGACACAAACAGCUCAAGGUGGCAACUCAACAAUGUGAGAUAGCGGCAAAUUUAAACAGUUAGUUUGUUACUUUGUUACCAGUUGUUUGGAUAGCGUCGGUGUGUG